AUAUAUCUUAGAUGGCGCUGACUCAAUGGUGAACAUUUAAAAAGGAAAAUAGUUUUAAAGUGUUUGCAAGGAAGCAGCUAUCCAGUAUCAAAUUGAAAAGGCAACACAUAAACUGUCACCUUGUCAGUUUUCCCCCAAUUUUGGUACAAUUCAUCAUUUUUUGGACUCUUGCCAAACUAAGCAAAUAUGCCGGACUGCGAUGAUAAAAAGUUGAAUGGUUGGUCACCAGAAGAGACUACACUUCUUGUACAAAGACCUCAUAAUGAAAGCACAAAGGACAGAAUCGUCAUUACUGAAUAUGAAAAUCCAACAAAGUUUCGCUACAUAACCAUGGAAGACGUUGAGACGAAUGGUAAAUUUGUUUGCGAAAUCGAGUCGCAACUGGAGUCGUGUUGUCAGGACUACAGCCAGAAUAAGCAUUAUGUUCAUUCUCAAUAUGUCAUUGUGCGCUAUUACCUGGUGACGACUGUGAAAUAUCUGCGUGGAAGAGUUAUUGAUUUCAAAGGUGAUGGCGUUUACUUAGUAGAGUCCCUGGACUACGGUUUCAGGUUUCUCUGUCGACAGCUGAAUUUAUGGGUGCUGCCAAAGAAGUAUUCUCACAAGCAAAUGAACACAUUCUGGGGCGGUCUGUAUGGUGUAUCGCCUUCUGAGGGGGUUGAGUGGUCAAAGAUUACGGUAGACUUACUUCACCAUCAGCUGGAGCAGGCGCUAAAUCUGAUAUUCACUAUCAAGUACUACUCCACAGAUAGACAGCAUAAUUAUGGCAAUAUGUUAAUCAAGUCACCACAUGGGGAUCAGGAAUCGUUGCUCGACGCAGCCGGAUAUCUUCUAGAGCGGCAUUGCGCUCGGCUGGAUCAUCAAUUCAUGACAACCCGCAAUUCUGAGAACGAUUCGUGUGAUUUGCGGUCAGUACAGCUAAAUGAGGCGGGCAUUAAGCCGAACCCAUUUAUUGCAUCAGUUAUUCAACUGAUGGAAUUGCAGCGAACUAAGAUUACUCUGAGGGUUGGACUGCAAUCAAAUGAUAAAACCUUUAAGCCAUGUGGCACUUUGAAGCCACCCUUUGAACAGUUGGAAAAGCUUGAUUACAUCGUACAGAUUCCACAAUCGGCGAGAAGCCUCAGCGUGGUAAAGUGUCGCAACGAGAGAAGCAUGAAUAACGCCUUCCUCGCCGCUUCUUCAAGCAAGUCGAGUAGCAUUAAUAGUUCCUCCGAUAGUUCAACAAAAAUGAUCAAAAGAAAAGCGACGGAAAACUGCACUAUUGGGGCAACCAAGUCGCAAGAUGUUGAAUUAGCUUUACCAGCGCCUGACAAACCGGCAGAUCGGAGUAUUUUUAAUAGGAAGAUAGAUCCACAACCUAAAACUUUUCCACAACCGCAGCUCACCGAAGCAAAAGGCACGCCGACAAUCAAACCAAAUCAAUCCACGUUUGACAUAGAGAAGUUGGAUCGAAUAAUUAAAGAAAUGAACUGCUCGUCUCUCGUUGAGAAAGUGACAAGUUCCAGGCACCAGCACUUGAAGAAAUCGACUUUGCUGGACAAAUGUAAACACAGCCAAAAGGAUCAAUUGUUACUGGCUCACAGCAAAGAGCAGGUGUGGCCAUUACGUGGCUCAUCAAGAUCGUUAUUCCAUCACUAUGUCGGACAGGCAAUGGGAGAGAUGAACAUUCAGAGUGCGCAGAGAUUGCAGUGCUAUGCGUGGCCCCAUCUAAUAAAGGGCACUACAAUGGUGGCGAUUGAUGACGCUGGUAGUGGUCGUUCUUGGAGUUAUUUGCCCACACUGUGCUCCCUGGUGAUAAGCAGCAUGCAGAAGACACCGACUUCAAGUAAAGAUGCAUGUAAAUUGGGUCCCUUGGCUGUGCUCUUGGCAGAUUCGGUGACCAAUGCGAAUUUACUCAGCAAACACUGCAGCUUGCUGAUGAAGUCCUAUGAGACUAAUAUGUUCAAAGUGGUCAACACACACGAUCAUUCCAUGCUGGAUGUGCAGCGGAUACUAUUGAAUUCUUGUGGCAUUUUGGUAACCACUGUGUCCCACUGGAAUCGUUUGAUUCGUGACACUAAAUUCAGAUUCAUUGACGAGCAUCGGCUGAAACAUUUCAUCAUGGAUGACUAUGAUAGAAUGCUCUCUACUGGACCAUAUGUGCUGAAGAAUGUGUUGCAUCACCUGCAGAGUCUAGCGAUCCUUGAGCUCCAGCUCGUAAUAAUUGCCCAGCAAUGGCAUCGUCGCCUCUUUCUGCAACUGGUCGAGCGCUUCGAUCGAAAUCCUCUUCUGCUCUUUGCUAAUUUCCUUGAAGCGGCCAUCUAUGGCAACAUAAAGCUAGAUGUAAAAUGUGAUCAAUCCAGCAAAAAGACUCAACUGUUGAUGGACUACUUGGCUAUUCAUGUCCCAAGAUUACGCACCGUUAUCUACUGCAAAAACGAUGAGGAGCUGGCAGGUUUGCAGAUGGAAUUGAAGGCAGCUGGUCAUGAUUGCAUUGGUAUUCAGGAUGCACAGCAUCAGAAAAUCCACGAAUUACUUUUGGUUUCGGAUGCUGCUCAGCAUUCAGCUUUGUUGCCGAUAAAGAAUUUCAGACUGCUGAUCCAUUACAGUCUGCCAGCAAGUUGGUCCAAGUUUUCAAUGCGUUUCCAUGCGAUCAUCGACAACAUAGGAAAUAGUCUAGCUCCUCAGGACGAGUGUCUGGACACUACAUCAUAUAUGAUGCUCGACGAGAGCAAUACAUACGAGUUGCUCCGACUGGCACAAUUUCUUACCGCACAUAAUAUUCAACUGGAUAAGCAGAUGCAACAAAUGGUGGCAAGCUUUCGGCAGUUGACCGAUCAAAAGCGUGUCUUCUGCCACCGUAUGCUGAGCAGGGGCGAGUGCGACCAGAAGACAUGUAACAUGCGACACUUUCCAGUUGAAGGCGAAUUUCAGAGAGGGCACAGUGCAUUGUGGCAACCGGGGAGUGUUGUGUGCUGUAAGCUUGUCAAAGUGUACAAUCCGGGGCAUUUUGUAAUGAUGGCAAAGCGCUACAAGUUAACUGAUAGCGACUCCUGGCAGGCUGCCCUUCCUCAAUCUUCUAUGCGUAAGUUGAGCACUGCUCUUAGCUUACAAAUGAGCCUGGAGCAGAAUCAGCGGAUGCAGCAAGAAUUGAGCAUAUCUGAGAUAUGUGUAAUACAACGAGGCAUCGGGUAUCAACGGGUCCGCAUCGUAGACUUAUCAGACAAACGACUGGUUACUGUUCAGCAGUUGGAUGAGGGCAGAGAACUGCUGAAGGUUAAACGCACCGAGGUACUGCAGUGUGAUGACGCCUUCAAAAAGAUUCAGCCUCUGGCCAUGGAAGUGCGACUAUGUGGUCUGAUGCCUUGUGACAGCGAUGAUGGCGACUGGCUCCCAGAGGCUACCAAGUGGGUUAGCACUCAACUAAGCAACCUAAACGACAAUCAGCACCUGCAAAUAAUUGUGGACUUUGUGAUGCUCGAUACGAUCUAUGUGAGAGAUAUUGUUCUGUUGCAAGACUGUCCCUCAAUGAAGACUUCAGUCAAAGCAAUGCAACUUUAUAAUGAAUUGAUGGAGCGUGAGUUUGGCCAGCGGGACGAGCACAGCAUCCAAAGGCUGCAUCAAAUGUAUCAAGAGCUAUUCCAAACCCAACAGGAACAAAACCUUUCAUGCGACGUGUUUGAUUUUAAGGAAAUUCUCGGGGAUAGUGCUGACAAUGAUGCAGUGCGUCAAGAGUCCGACUGUUCGUCAGACAACGAGUUGUAUAAGGCGAAAACUGUUGAUUCAGUACCCCAGCAAAUAGAGUGUCCCAGACAAGAUCACGACAUCGUUUCGUCAGUAAUAGAUGGCGAAAGCAAACUUCAAGAAGUUGAGUUUCAAGGGUCCGCAGCCAAAGAAUCUUCUGCUCCUAUGGAAGUAUUUCUAGAUGUACUCCUAAAGGACCUGCAGAGUGAUGAUCCCAAGUCUAUGGAAGGUGCAACUAACAUUGUGCAUCAAAUUCUAGGUUAUGAAACUCCAGCUAAACGGUUUACAACUGGCCAAAAAAGAGCUCCAACGAGACAAGAGUUAAUUCCAAAAUCAGUCAGCAAUGCAAUUUAUUAUGCUGCCGCCGCAGACAACGCGGUGCGGCCUAAGGUCAAAUGGCAUCAGACCCUCACGCAGAUUGAGAUAGUAUUUGAACAACAGGUGUCGCAAUACCAACUUAUCCAUAAGGGCAGCGUUCUAGUUUAUCAUGUCCACGAAACUACACCGCCACAGCGUUGCAUCCUGAAUUUGCUCGGGGAAGUGCAAAUAUUAUCGGAGCGACAACACGGAUUUCAAUUGCAAGUUAAGCUGGCUAAGCUGGGUCUUAACACAUAUUGGCCCACCUUGCUAAGCUCUCUAAGUGCCCAGCAGCAUUCCCAUUGGCUUGUCUACGACACGGAGCGCAGCGCGUUGCCACAAUCGAACACUUGUCUUUUGAAUUUUACGCGUUGCGUGCAACGCUCUACUCAACUUUCCAAUUCGUUCCCAGAUGACAACGAAGAUAGCAAUUUUUCUGAUAAUGACGAGUUGAGCUUUAUCGACGAAGAGUUGAGCUGGAGCGAAGAUGAUUUCUGAUUGAUGAAUUAACCAUAAAUCUACAGAUUUUAAUAUUUACAAAUUUCAUUAUAUAUUUCGUUUACUAAUUUUAACUUCA